AGUCAUAUGACUGCACUGCAUUGCAAUGUAUGUGUUGUUCCUUCAAACUUUUACUCUUUUUUGUAUCAUAAGAUGUUGUUGGACAGAGAAAGCAGCAAAUGUUUCAUCUACAAACAUCAUCGUCAUGCUCAUGGAUGACAUGGGUUGGGGGGACUUGGGUGUGUUUGGCCAGCCUUCUAAAGAGACCCCCAACCUGGACACCAUGGCUGCUCAGGGCAUGCUGCUGCCCAACUUUUACACCGCCAACCCACUCUGCUCCCCAUCUAGAGCCGCACUUCUUACAGGAAGGCUGCCCAUCAGAAAUGGAUUCUACACCACGAAUGGUCAUGCCAGAAAUGCGUACACACCUCAGGAAAUAGUGGGAGGAAUCUCCCACGAUGAGAUCCUGUUACCGCAGAUGCUGAAGAAAAAAGGCUACAUCAGCAAGAUAGUUGGCAAGUGGCAUCUUGGCCACAGGAAGCAGUACCUUCCCCUGGAGCAUGGUUUUGAUGAAUGGUUUGGUGCGCCAAACUGCCACUUUGGUCCCUACAACAGCAGCUGGAGACCCAACAUCCCCGUCUACAACAACUCUGAGAUGAUUGGCAGAUACUAUGAGGAGUUUGAGAUUAAUAGGAAGACUGGGGAGUCAAACCUCACACAGAUCUACUUGAAGGAGGGUCUUGACUUCAUAUCCCGCCAGGCAGAAGCGCAGCGGCCCUUCUUCCUGUACUGGGCAGCUGAUGCCACUCACAGCCCUGUCUACGCAUCCAAACGCUUCCUGGGGAAGAGCCAGCGAGGCCGGUAUGGUGAUGCGGUGAUGGAGCUGGACGACAGUGUUGGUCAGAUCCUGCUUAAGCUGCAGAGUCUGGGCAUCCAAGAAAAUACCUUUGUCUUCUUUACAUCAGACAAUGGAGCUGCUCUUAUGUCUGGCCCAGAAGAGAGUGGCAGCAACGGGCCGUUCCUCUGUGGGAAGGAAACCACCUUUGAGGGGGGAAUGAGGGAGCCAGCUAUUGCCUGGUGGCCUGGACACAUCCCACAGGGCACGGUGAGCUUCCAGCUGGCCAAUGUGAUGGACCUGUUCAGCACAAGUCUGGCCCUGGCCGGCGUCAGCCCUCCUGACGACCGGGCCCUGGAUGGACUGGACCUGACGCCUGUCCUGCUGGCACACGCACCACAAAACACUUCACCGGCAGACAGGCCCAUCUUCUAUUAUCGUGGGAAUGAGUUGAUGGCUGUGAGGAUCGGGCCAUACAAGGCGCACUACUGGACGUGGAGCAACUCAUGGGAGGAGUUUAAAAAAGGUAUCAACUUCUGUCCAGGCCAAGAAGUACUGGGCGUGACCACUCACAACCAGACUGAACACACACUGGAACCAAUCAUUUUUCACCUGGGGCGUGACCCUGGAGAGAAGUACCCCAUCAGUGUUUUAACCAGGGAAUACCAGGAUGUGCUGAGCAGGAUCUCUCCAGUUGUGGAGAAGCACAAGCAGAGCCUGGUGCCGGGCAUUCCCCAGCUCAACAUGUGUGACUUGGCUGUCAUGAACUGGGCCCCUGCAGGCUGUGAGAAGCUGGGAAAGUGCCUCAAAGGGCCAAAGUCUGAGCCCUGGAAGUGCGACUGGCCUCACUGAGGGCCAGUCUGCUGAGCCAGAGAGGGUUGAGGAGGCAUGAACCGACGUUGUGCCUUCCAAUAAAUCAACAACCCACCUUGUUACGUUUAAAAAUGUGAAAUACUGUUGAAGAACAAUACAUGACACAUUAGGUGACAAGGUUCAACACAGUAAAAGACAGGGACAGCUGUAUGAAAUGGGGGUUAGAGGGACAAAAUAAAUAAAUAAAUAAAUAAAUAAAGGGAACAACAAAAAAAAGACCAAAAAACAAUGAAAUUCAAUAAGUAUCAGUAACAGAGGAAGAACAUGUUGAUAUGAACAUGAUAAACAAAAUGACUCUUUACUUUCUUUGUUUUAUUUAACUGUACGAAGGAUGAGCCAUAAUUUCCAUAAGAGCUUUUGUACAUUUGUACUGCAGACAGGAACCUGUAGUUAAAAUCACUGACAUAUGUGUUAGAGUCAGAUAUGUUGUCCUGUCAAACAUUUAUUUAUAUCAGUCAGGCUCAGAGUGAGGUGGAUGAAUUUUGUAUUGUUUUAUAUAUAUUUCCUUGUUGCACUGCAAAGAAUGUGAUGGUUUUCAAUAAAAGUGCACUUUUUAUCCAA